AACGCGUUGAGCUUGCCCACGUGGGUGAUUCACGUGUCGAGCUUGGUCGAGUGGUUGAUCGCGAUGGGAUUGGCGUGGGAAUACGCAGAGGUGACCAAGAGACCGGCGUGGAAGGGCUUGACACUCGGGAUGAUCCCGUGUCACGCCUCCGGCAUCGCGGCGUGUACGUUUCACUUGUUCUACAACGCCCCGGCGCUAAACAGCGUCGUGGCGAUGCAAGCGCUCUUGACCGUCGUCGGCAACACCACGUGCGCGCUCGCGUCGUAUCGCAUC